UCUACCUUUUUUGCCCCCGCUUCGGUGUUUACGAUAUAAUCAUCGGUCUGACCUUCCACCUGGCUUCUGGAUGUGAUCGGAACUAAAACCACGACACGUAAGUAAAGUACGGAAAAAAAUUCUGGUCAGAAUAUGACUGUUUAUAGCAGCAAGUGGGCGAUAGAUUGCUGCUCGGUCGAAACGGAAGCGGUGACGAAACGCAUGACGACAAGGCGACCAGUAUGCUCUAAAAUCAAGUUUGCCUUGGACGCAAGUCUGGACAGAAUACCAGAGGUCCUAAUAACCUACGAAACCGAGUACGACACUACACUAUGACUCUUGGAGAAUACAUCGUUAUUAAUCCCUGAAGUAAAUCCAAGCAUGAGAUGCAUGGCAAAAUCCAUUCUGACUGAAAUUACCGACUGUAGAAGAAGCCUCGAUGUUUUUUUAAAAUAUGUAGUUAACAAAUAACGUCCUUUCAGGAUGAAGACAACCUGUGUUGCAAAUUAGUGUACAUUUGCUAGGACGGAAGGAGCAUACCAGCCAGUCGCGUUGAGCAUUUCAUACCAACUAGACAUAUACGUAACCAAGCAACUUGACGAUGGCCUGCUACGAUGUCGAACGCAAACAGUGGCGGGGCAAAACGCAACCAAGUAUUCUCAAUCCGGAGGCCAAUAUUGGGCAAAUUGUGUGGAAUCUACUGUCGAGAACUCCGGACAAGGUUAUCCAAAUCGAUGCCGAUCGCGAUAGUCACAUGACUUGCGCCGAAAUGCGACGCCGCAUUGUGCGAGUUGCGAUGAAUUUACGACAGCAAGGGUGCCGUCGAGGUGAUAUAGUUUCGCUGGUUUGCACCAAUAGCGAGAAUGUGGUACCGGUUUACAUGGGCUGCCUUACAAUCGGACUGGUGGUCAAUCCCUUAGCGCCGAUAUUCAACAAGGAUGACUUGGCACACAUGAUGCGACAGACUCAGUCCAAAGUUGUGUUCUGCGACGCAGAAAAUCGAGAAACUGUUGAACAGGCCGCUGAGGACGCGAUCGCUGAAAAACCGAUGAUCUAUGUGAUGGGCGAAAGUGCUGGAGAAGCGCUGUCCAUCGAUGGGCUCUUAAGGCCGGCGAAAGGUGAAGAACAGUUCGUCCCUAAAUAUCUAGGCGACUCCAAGAAACUGCUGGCUAUCAUUCUGUGCUCAUCUGGUACUACCGGACUUCCCAAGGGCGUUUGUCUGUCACACGCCCAUCUGAUAGAGAACGAUGUGUUUGCAGAAGAACUCAACGCUGGACCCAUAUUCAACUUCAGUGCACUAUUCUGGGCAACGGGGAUGUUUGCUGUGCUCACCUCUCUGUACAAUCAGCGGCCUCGAGUGAUCACCAGCAAAGCGUUCAACGAGGAAACGCUGAUCGACGUGAUCGAGAAGUACAAAGUGGUAGAUGUUUUCACCCCUCCGUCCUACGUUGCAGCCCUGGUGAAUCAUCCUCGCUUUGCCAAGGCCGACUUCAGUAGUGUCAAGAGGUGGACAAUGGGCGGCGCCAUCGUAUCCGAGGAAUUGCAAACCAAGCUGGAGAAUCGUCUACCCAACGGGAUCGCCAAAUCUGUCUACGGAACUUCGGAAAUCGGAAUCGUAACGGCGGCCGAUACUCCUGUCGUCCCCGGAGCGGUUGGAACUAUCAUUUCAAACUUGGAAGUGAAGAUAGUGGACGAGUGCGAUCGAAGAUUAGGUCCCAUGGAAAAAGGGGAAAUUCGGUUGAAAUUCAAGCACAAGAUUUUGGGCUACCUCAAUAACGAGCAAGCAACUCUGGAAGCAUUCGACGAGGAAGAUUUCUUCAAAUCCGGUGAUAUUGGAUAUUUUGAUCAGAGUGGCCAACUGUACGUGGUCGACCGGAUCAAGGACAUCAUCAAGUAUAAAAAUUAUCAAAUUUCUCCGUCGGACCUCGAGUCCGUCAUCGAAAAAAUCGAAGGAGUUAGCCAUGUUUGCGUAACGGGUGUGCCAGUGGAGGAUAAAUCAUCCGAUUUGGCAACGGCUGUUAUCGUACGCAAGGAAGGCUCGACACUGACCGAAGAGCAGGUCCUGCAAGCGGUCAACAGCCAAGUGAGUGACUUCAAGCAGUUGCGAGGUGGAGUAUAUUUUGUGGAAAGAUUGCCCACUUCGGCUGCAGGGAAAGUUCUCAGGCGUGCCGUGAAGGAGAUGGUGAUCAAUAGACUAAGCAUCAAAUGAUAGUUAGCGACAAUAAAUGAAUGUUUAUACUCAAAUGCAAAAAUAUAUCAACGCAUUUAUAAGAUAAAGUAAAUAAAGAUAGAUAGAAUAGUGUAUAGAUAGUACAUAAA